AUGGAUCCUGUUUAUCUGGCUGCGGCCAGCCCACUGACAAAAACAUCAGCUUCAAACCCGCCAGUUCCUUGGAUACUGCAUCCGAUCGAGAUCCCAUCACGGCCUCUCACCAGACCUCCAGCCGUGUUACUUUCCUUGUGGGAUGUCCGGAGAGCCCGACUGACUUCACCAAGCUACCACAGACGCAUCCCAGCUCCAGUCUCCCCAUUUCCCGAGCCGCAGCGCUCGUUUGUGUCGACUGCCACCCAGACGACCGACAGUGAGUGGGAGUCUCCUGUAAAGACGGCUGAGAACCGCCGUCCCCCGACACCACCAAGCUCUCCAGAGAGCCGGUACACUCCGCCACCUAGGACUGAGACUGACCCCCCUCGACGGCCGACAUCCUCACUGCAGCCUCCACCGCAAUUUAACAAGACAAAAACCAUUCCUAUUAUCACUGGGCAACCUUCACUUUAA